CGCUGCCGCUGGCCAGUGCCAGUGCCACGGAGCACAACAGCAGGAGCUGGAUAACUAGUCGUAUGUUGACCAUGUCUACCGGUCGGUGGUAAUGAAUGGCUUGGUUUGGACAGCAGCCCUCGUCUGUGUUCUUAUAUGGUUCUGCCGAGCGCCUUAUCAUUAUUAAGACAUAGAAAUCGGAACCGUAAUCGGAAUAGGAAUCGCUGUAAUCAACAAAUAAUCUUUCCAAGUCCGUUUCGUGUCAGGGAUAUGUCCCACUACCACCGAAAGUUUCUGCCGAAACGACGAUAAUGCCGAUCUAACACCAAUAACGCCAGUCUAGACAAGGCGACGAUCGGGAACGAUUUGCUUGCCCGAGAUUCGUCUGGAGAUUGUAGACUCACCAUAAGGAACAACAUAAUCGGACAUCGCUGCGAUAGCCAAAAGCAACCAUCACCCAUAGUUCCCAGGAAAACCGAUGAAAAACGAGUAGUUCUCCCUUAAGUGGGAGUUCAGAUUAUCUGUCAUUUUGAAAGUGAUUAUCUCACCUUUAAUAUUUUUUAUGGCUAUCAAAAAAUGAAGUGACUUCCCGGAACAAAAAUUCGAAAACGAAAUUGUUUUUCGCUAUUAGAUUAGCCAUUUAAUUGGAAUAUAACCGAGAUGCUUUGGCAUUUAUUUGAAUUUAUAACCAACCGAAUCGGAUCGAUUGAAUCGGCCUCCUGGGAAGUUAGUCAGUGAUUAAGACAGACAGCCCCUCGACGGUAAUCACACGGUACGUUCGUGAGUCAGGUAAUGCGGCGAUAAUGGUCAAAGAUACGUCAAAUUACUCAGAACGCAGCUGUGAGGACUACAAGUGGCCAUACAGUUACACCUCAAGUGGCUCCAAAUAUAUUACAGUGAGGGUUUUGAAUCCAAAACUGAGACAUAUUAAAGCAGGCAUAUUUCACCUACAUUAUCUUGAGCUACAAGGAAUGACCCCCAAUCGGUGGCUAACGAGUUUGCUUACCAGUAUAACCGAUAAGCUGUUAAAUAUGGAGAUUUCUAGCUUAGUCUUAACCAGAAUUUGAAGUCUAGUCUGAUAAGGCUGCUAUCGGCAUGGGCAGUGGGAAGACCUCCAUGGUAUAAACACUGGUGUGGCCCUCACGAGCCCAACAAUAUGCUCUUGACAUCUAGACUGGGAACUAUGGUUAGCCUGGCUGUGACUACUCUAUGGAUAAGCACCUUGGCGCUGCUUUGCACGGCUGGUGUGGAGGCCCGUCUUGGCGAAGAGCAUGCCAUUGGCCAAGGGCUACAGGAUAAAAUUGAUGCCAAAGAAUUUUUGGCAUUUUCCCAGCUGCGCCGCUUGGCCGUGGAGUUCUUCGAUCAUUAUUCCAAUCUUACCCUGAUGGAUCUCCGUCCAGGGAACCAGGAUGCGCGAAUUCCAUCGGCCCAGGACCUGCAGUGCCUGGCGGACUUCGCGUUGCUAACAAAGGACCUGAGCAACCUCAAGGUCUGGGCGAUAAAGAUGAUCGACUCAUGGGGCAAUCUGCCGGCUGGCCUUGUCGUUGGCAACUGGUGGGAUCUGGGAAAUUUUGACGAGUGCUUAAGCAUCGAUCACGUCGACGUCACCACGACUCGCCAUGUCAGAGGCAAAUACUGUUUCGCCAAGAUUUUACCCGCUCCAAGCAUCUCCAAAGCUGUGGUGAUCAAAACGGCGCUCUGCCUUCCCGCCUCCUGCUCCGCCAUCAACAUGGACACUUUGCUGCGCCGGCUGUUUCAGACGCUGCUCAAUGUGGAGAUUGGCACAGAAGUGGAGAUAGUGGACGAGGCCACAUGCCAGACGGCGGAGUCAAAGUCUUAUGAUGGCCUCACCAUAUUUACCAUAGUCCUUCUCUCAAUACUAGCUGCUGCGGUGGGCCUGUCCACGUGCUACGACUACUUCAUUUCCCGGGAUGAGAAGUCGCUCCCUCCAGUGGUGAGGGCCUUCUCUGCCAGAGCCAACUCCCGGGCUCUGUUCCGGCUUGUGGAUACCAAGUCGAAUCCGAAUGUGAUCGACUGCCUGCAUGGCAUCCGAUGCCUGUCCUUCAUCUGGGUGGUCUUCUGUCACGAUUACCUGGUGUUUGCCAUAUCACCCAAUAUAAAUAUGGGCUACGUGCUCACGUGGAUCAACUCUGUUUUCAGUUUGUUUGUGAAGCACGGGGUCUAUGCCGUGGACUCGUUCUUCUUCCUGAGCGGCCUGCUCCUGGUGGUGAUUGCCCUGCGGAGCAUGGACCGUACCAAGGGACGUAUUAACAUACCGAUGAUGUACCUGCAUCGCUACUUGCGUCUCACUCCGCUCUUGGCCGUCGCCAUACUCAUCUACAUGAAGAUUCUGCCCAUCAUUGGCAGUGGUCCUCUGCAGGGAGACGUUAACUUUGAUGACUACAGCUGCUGCAAGGACACUUGGUACCUGACUCUCCUCUACGUGCAGAAUGUGGCCACAAAUGAACUGUGCAUCAGUCACUCCUGGUAUCUGGCGGUGGACAUGCAGUUGUACAUCUUUGCCCCCUUCCUGCUGAUUGCCCUGUACAGGUGGGGCAGGAAGGCGGCUGCUGGCAUCUUUGUCCUGAUGCUGCUUCUAGCCUGCUGUCUCUUCAGCAUCAUGGUCAUCAAUGAUCUCUCGCUUGGCGCCCAGGGCAACGAGUCUAUGCGGAAGCUAUACUAUGCCACGAACACUAGAGCCUCGCCGUACCUGAUCGGUCUCCUGUUCGGUUACUUUUUGCACCUAAACCGUGGUCGGGUCUUCCGGCUCAGUCCCCUCGUUGUCCUGGUGGGUUGGAUGGUGAGCCUGUCCCUGCUAGCCACCUGCAUCUUUGCCGUCUAUGGACAGAAUACCCUGCCUAUUGUGGAGGAGGCCUUCUAUGUAACCCUGACCCGUAUUGCCUGGCCAUUGGGUCUCUGUUGGGUGGUCUUUGCCUGCAUGCACGGAUACGGUGGCAUGGCCAGCGAACUCCUCUCCUCACCGCUGUGGCAGCCCAUAUCCAAGCUCUCCUACUCCGCUUACAUUUUCCACAUGUUCAUCGAGAGCCUCAACGCAAGCAUUACGCGCACCAACACUUACUUCAGUGACUACCAAGUGAUGCUGCGUUUCUGGUCGGACUUUGGCUUCACUAUGCUGCUGGCUUACCUUAUGCACAUCCUUGUGGAGGCGCCGUUUGCCCAUCUGGAGAGUCUCUUGCUGCCCGCAAAGAGACCGAAUCCCAGGCCGGUUGGGUUGCCCAGGGAUGCUCCAGUUGCAGGUGGUGAAGCUUCAGUCCAGGAAGAUCUAGUGAAAUCGUCUCUUGUCAAAGAAGAUGCACUCAUGGAAGGUUCAGCGCCAGCCUAGGAAUCUCCUUUGCCUUUCUGAUUAAAAUUAAUUAAGGUACAUAUUCGAAAUUAUGCUAGAUAUACACCUUUUUGUUUAUUUUUGUUGCUUAUUAUAAGAUUAUGGAUAAAGACUUCAUAAAGAAACGAAAUCAAUACAUAAAAGGCGUUGUUUCCCAAUCAAGUCAGCCAUGUUUUUAGAGUCGAAGACAAGUUUAGAGACACAGCAAGUGAAAUUCUCAAAGUUAUUAUUACUCAGACUUUUGAAACGACUGGACCGUGCUCCUCAAAUACAGUAUAUACUGAACCUGUCGCUUUUAAAAACUUUUAAGUUCACCCUUUUAGUCGAUCAAAAUUUGAUACAAAUUGAAAAUGGCGCCACCAAUGUUAAUUUCCGUAUCCCUUGGUCUGACCGCCGCGCUGAUCGUUGGCUAUUGCGUGUACUUUGACCGGAAGCGUCGCUCGAGCCCUGAUUUCCGAAAGCGCUUGUUCGAGCGCCGUCGUCGCAUGUCGGCCCCAUCGUCGACAGCAAGCUCACCUCCGAAGGGGCCGCGCGACGGGAAUAAACCAAUAUCUGCAGAGACCUACUUCCUCAGCGAGAUGCGGCUGGGUGAGGAGUUGAUUACCCAGGGCCGUGUCGACGAGGGCCUGACCCACUUUGCCAACGCCGUUGCCCUGUGCGCCCAGCCGGAUAAGGUGAUGGAGGCGCUGCACGCCACUCUGCCGUCGCAGAUGUUCGAGUUGCUCAUAACGAAGCUCAAGGGGCUGCAGGUGUUGAGCGAUACUGGAACCGAGGAUUGGAGCGAGGACAGGACUGGCAGCUCCACCCACGAGCUUUAAAUAGAGGCUACUACCUACGUACCUCUACAUUUAUUGACAGGACGUUAUGGAUUUGCAAAUCCCCCGGAGUUUAAAUGUUGCCUUGCGGCACCCUACGCAAUUAUUCAGUUUUAAUCUUGGCCCCCGCUUACUAAGGUCUGCUUUGCAGUAGCAAGUAGCAAAAAUAUACCUCAAAUUGAGAUGCUUCAAGUAUCCCGUUUAUCUGGAGUUUAUGCCCCAUCAGGGCCUGCAUUGGUCAUCAUCGCAGCUUCAUUAUUUCGAUUUCUUGCAGCUGUAUGAGUCAUAAUAAAAACAAAAAUUCUAAUCUCCAA